AUGGCCGGUGGCGCAGGGAAAUACCGGCACCUCAGCCGCAAGUCGUCGCACCGACAGGCUCUGCUGCGCAACCUGGUGACCUCGCUAUUCGAGAACGAAUCCAUCACAACGACAUGGGCCAAGGCGAAAGAGACACAACGUUUAGCUGACAAGUUGAUCACGCUGGGCAAGAAGAACACAGAAGCGAGUCGGAGGCGAGCAUUGGAGAUUUUCUACAAACCACACCAAAUCGUCCCGAAACUCUUCGGCGAACUACGCGAACGCUACGCCACCCGGCCAGGCGGAUACACGCGCGUCCUGCGCAUCGAGCCGCGGAAUCAAUUCGAGUUCUACAAGAAGCCCCGGGGCGACAAGAGCCCGCGGGAUCCGAAGCCGGUGGACCAGGCCGAGAGUGCGAUUCUGGAGCUUGUGGACGGACCGAAGGAUGUGCGGUUUGCCAUGACGGCAAGGGCGGUGGCACGGCAGCGGGAGAAGGGCCUGCAGACGCCAAAUCAGUUGACUAUGUUGAAUGUGGGUAAAGUGACACGGUUCCGGAAGGGUGGAGUGGAGGAGUUGGAGGUUGCGAUUAAGGAGUUGAGUAUCAAGAAGGACCAUGGGCGAGGGAAUGAGGCGGAGGGGUGA